CACGCCUAGGUCUAGGAUCUCUGGAGCCAGUUGUCCUUGCCUACCAGGGGUACCUGUCUCUGGAGCCGGUUGGCCCUCCCUACCAGGGGUCCCGGGCAGGCCCUUCUGCGCCGCGCCGCGCCGCUAUGGGGGCGUUGUGGCCCCUCGCUCUGGCCCUGGCCGGCCUGGCCGCUGCCGGCCCUCCUAACUUUGUGGUUAUCUUUGCCGACGACUUGGGCUAUGGGGACCUGGGCGCCUACGGCCACCCCAGUUCCUCCACCCCAAACCUGGACCAGCUGGCCGCAGGGGGGCUGCGGUUCACGGACUUCUACGUGCCAGUGGCUCUGUGCACGCCCUCGCGGGCGGCCCUCCUGACUGGCCGACUCCCAGUUCGGGUGGGCAUGUACCCUGGAGUUCUGCAGCCCAGCUCCAGAGGGGGACUGCCCCUGGAGGAGGUGACCCUAGCUGAGGUCCUGGAAGCCCGAGGCUACCUCACAGGCAUGGCUGGGAAGUGGCACCUCGGGGUAGGGCCUGGAGGGGCCUUUCUGCCCCCCCACCAGGGCUUCCACCGGUUCCUGGGCACUCCCUACUCCCACGACCAGGGCCCCUGCCAGAACCUGACUUGCUUCCCACCGGACACCCUUUGCGCGGGCAGCUGUGACCAGGGUCUGGUCCCCAUCCCACUGCUGGCCAACCUCUCCGUGGAGGCACAGCCCCCCUGGCUGCCUGGACUCGAGGCCCGCUACGUGGCCUUCGCCCGCGACCUCAUGGCCGAUGCAAAACGCCAGGGCCGCCCUUUCUUCCUCUACUACGCCUCCCAUCACACCCACUACCCCCAGUUCAGCGGGAAGAGCUUCGUGGGGCACUCGGGCCGUGGGCCAUUUGGGGACUCCUUGAUGGAGCUCGAUGCGGCUGUGGGGGCCCUCAUGGCCACCGUUGGGGACCUGGGGCUGCUCAGAGAGACGUUGGUCAUCUUCACUGCAGACAACGGGCCCGAGACAAUGCGGAUGUCCCACGGUGGCUGCUCCGGCCUCUUGCGGUGCGGGAAGGGGACCACCUACGAAGGGGGUGUCCGAGAGCCGGCCUUGGCCUUCUGGCCAGGCCACAUCACUCCUGGGGUGACCCACGAGCUGGCCAGCUCCUUGGACCUUCUGCCCACUCUGGCCGCCCUAGCCGAGGCCCCACUGCCCAACGUCACCCUGGAUGGCUUUGACCUCAGCCCCGUGCUGCUGGGCACAGGCAAGAGCCCCCGGCAGUCUAUCUUCUUCUACCCGACCUACCCAGAUGAGGUCCAUGGGGUCUUCGCCGUGCGGAGUGGGAAGUACAAGGCUCACUUCUUCACCCAGGGCUCUGCCCACAGCGAUACAACAGCAGACCCAGCCUGUCACGCCUCGACCCCGCUGACCGCACACGAGCCCCCGCUGCUCUUUGACCUGUCCAUGGAUCCUGGUGAGAACUAUGACCUCCUGGGGGGGGUGACCGUGGUCACCCAGGAGGUGCUGCAGGCACUGAAGGAGCUUCAGCUGCUCAAGGCCCAUUUUGAUGCUGAGAUGACCUUCAGCCCCAGCCAGAUGGCACAGGGGGAGGACCCCGCUCUGCAGGUCUGUUGCCAGCCCGGUUGCAAGCCCCGGCCGGACUGCUGCUACUGCCCAGACCCCGGGCCUGUUAUGGGCUCCAGUGGGGGCCCCCGAGUCCAGCCCGAGCCCCAGCCCCAUCCUGUGCCCCAGCCCCAACCUGAGGCCCAGGCCCAGCCUGAACCCGAGCCCCAGCCCCAUCCUGUGCCCCAGCCCCAACCUGAGGCCCAGCCCCAGCCUGAAGCCCAGGCCCAGCCUGAGCCCGAGCCCCAGCCCCAGCCCGAGCCCGAGCCCCAUCCUGUGCCCCAGGCCCAGCCCCAUCCUGAGCCCCAGCCGCAGUCUGAGCCCCAGCACAGCAUGGGCCGUUGGUUACUGUGA